CCCUAUAAUUGACCGACCAACCACAUUUCUACACCAUCAUAUAUUUUAAUUUCUCACCUCUGAUUUUAUUUUUGACUUAGAUUUUCAAUGCUAAAUAAAUAACCACACUAAUUUAAUACCCCCCUUACCUCCACCUUUCACACCCCCACAAACAUUUAUAGGACACAAACCAUAACAUCUUUUGCCUCACAAUCAUUUCUCCAAAACAAAAAACUCAAAAACCUAACACUUGUUAACAAACCCACCAAAAAAUGCCAACCAUUUCCCUUUCUUUCCCUUCCCUUCUUAACACCCCAAUUUCCUCUUAUUUCCUCCCUACCACAACAAACACUACUCACACCACCUCCAACAUCCCUCCACUCGACCCUCCUUCCCCUUCUCCCUCGCCGCCACCGCUCGAACAACAAAAACCACAACAACAACCACAACCGCCGUCGACAAAGGCAAUGGACGCGGUAGAGCUAAUGCGAGUAUUCCAAAUGUUUGAUCACAACGGUGACGGGAUGAUCACAAUGGGGGAGCUACGUGAGUCACUUACCAACAUGGGGAUCAUUAUCCCUGACUCCGAUCUUACACAACUAAUCGGUCGUAUCGACGUCAAUGGUGACGGAUGUGUUGACAAUAAAGAAUUUCAGACACUUUACACGCUUCUUAUGGAACGUGAGGUUGAUGCUCAAUCCGAUGAGGAGGACAUGAAGGAGGCGUUCAACGUGUUCGAUAAGAACGGGGACGGGUUCAUCUCCGUUGAUGAGUUACGGUCCGUUCUCGGCUCCCUUGGACUUAACCAAGGGAGGAAUUUGGAGGAUUGUAAACUUAUGAUCAUGAAAGUUGACGUGGAUGGUGAUGGUAUGGUUAGUUUUAAGGAGUUUAAGAAAAUGAUGAAACAAGGUGGUUUUGCUAGUUUGAAUUGAAUAAUUAAUUUUUAAUUAAUUUUUAAAUUAGCUAGUGUAGAACAUAAUUUGCUAGCUAUAUUUAUUAGCUAGCUAGUUCUUUGAUUUCUUCAUUGUUAUUAUUGCUUGAUUUGUGGUGAUUAGAAUGAGCACCGUUGGUGUAUGUAUAUAUGAUGAUGUUUGUUCAUUGUGUAAUGUUCUUUCUUGUUGAUUUGAGAUUGUUAUUUUUGGAUGUUUAUUUAGUGUUUA